AGCAACAUUACACCACAUUUGACCAUGACUCUUUCUGAUAAGCAUGAAAGCAACUCGGAUUCUUCCAUUUCCCUCUCGUCGUCCAUACUUCUGGAAGACCGCAGUUCUUCCAUCUUCGACUUUUACGGCCAAGUCAUGGACAUGGAUGAUUAUCAACACCCUUCUCCUCCCACCAUAGAUAUGUCUACAUCCAUGGUUCUCGAGCGCACCACGGCAAUCAGAUCAUCCCCUUCCGAAGCCGACGACUUCUCGAUGAGUGGCUGGACCAUUGUUGGCACAUCAUCCGCCGCCUCCGAAACCACAUGCCACGCUCCGGCGUCCGUGUCCGCCUCCGUCGUCGAUCUCACGGCGUCCGAGCUGCUCCGCCUGGAACUCCAGGAUACCCGGCCUUCAGGCUCGCUUGCCAGUCCCGGCUCGCACGUGGUGCGCGACCGUGCUUCUGAAAUGUCCGUCGGUAGCGAUAGCCUAUUCAGCUACAGCUACACCUCUGUCCAAGAUGAUCAAGGACUCUGUGGAAUCGGAGCGUGGGCCGAUAUUACGACAAGUUCUUUCGUCGCCAAGAAGAGGCGAAUCACUCCACGACAAUGAUAAUUCUAGCAGAAAAAUAUUUUCAUUUUUGAGUUUCAAACCAAGGAAUGUCUUGGGGCAUGGAUUCCUUGUCUGUUUCCGGCCGGCAGUUUGUCUAUCACCUUUGGGCUGCCACGCGCCGAACGGUUCCGCGUUUCAUAUACAGUAUCUACAGUAUCUUUUGAUUUUGCUUUUCAUCUGAACUCAUGUACGAUGAUGCAUUCAUUGUCUAUGCUCUUACGAAAUUCUCCACUCGUGCUUUUGUUGUAUCUGUUACUUUGUUCUGCAAAAAAACCUCAGCAGUAGCUAUGUUUCGAAAUGGAUUCAAUGAAGAAAGACAGGGCCGCCACAGCCACAAACAACAGGAAUGCUCACUGACGCAACGGGCAUGCAAUCAGAUCAUCUAAGUCAGACUAGAUCGGUUACAUCGAAAAGAAUUCAUUACAUUUGAACUGGAAACCUGGUCAUGAUCUCCACGGUUAAAUUGUGAGAUGUAACACAAGCCCUCCACAACUUGCAAGCACACGAUCGUCAUUGAGCAAUUCGAGCCAUGUGAUGUUUGCUGCAUAGAGUACCUAUGACACACCGCAUGAAUGAAGGCUUACAGUACUCCGCACCCCGUCUCACGCAGCUUCCGAGUUCUUGAAAGACCCUGUACAUGUCAUUUAAUUACCGGUGUGCGACGAAUUUUGGGCAAAUACUGGGAAGUGUUGUGUACUGUGGAUGAUGAUCCGUUGUGUAAUAAGGAUGCACAUAAUACCCACUAUGGGGAACCUUCUUGUAUCAAGAUAACGAAGCAUAUCUCGGCAUCAGACGGAAGGUCAGAUUGGAACCAUAAAAGUGCGGCAAUUCUUUGAUGCUGUCCAGGCUGUCUCAUUGAAGACGCAUCACAGAGAGGCGCAGAUUGUAAAAUGUCCACUGAUAUCAUGCGCCGUUAUAGCAGGGUGCCCCUGGUAAUGUUGCAUACCCGUCGGUCCAGGGAUCGAUUUGGCAUUCGUCCCGUUGAAUUGUUACUUUGAAACAGCAAUUGGGCCGCAGAAAGGGAUGGCAGAUCAGACCGGGAACCUGCAUGUAAGGAUGUUGGAGGUGUGGAGAGAGUAACCCAACACAAGACGAAAGGGAAAUUCGGACGACGGAACUCGGAAUCAGAGCGAAGACAUGCUGCAAACGUUGUUUAUUCUCCACACAGGAAGCUUAAACCAGAGAACAGAGGCUUCUUGGACGGUGACAGGUGAGUUGAAUACACAUCCAAUGAAAUACUGUUUUUGCUUCUAGUCCGACAACCAAUGUCAUGAGAUGCACCAUGGCCUACAAAUUUCAAGUAUGCGACAUACAUCACAAGAUCAAACAAUUGUUUAAAGACAGACUAACAUUGAGUCUAAUUGAUUUCUAAAUACCAGGCUCUCUUCCUCCCAGACAAGCCAAAGCAGGGUUCAUCGGUGGAUAUAGCCGGCCGCGACGCCUCAUGGGGUAACCGGAAAAGAAUAAAACAAAGGCCAUCAUUAAAGUAGAAUUAUACACCCGAAACUGGAGUCUCAUCAAACCGCUCUUUCUUCAUGCCAUGUAUGCGCAUAAAACAUUAUGUCCAUAACUUAGUUGAGGUAAACCAUGGCCAUAACAGCACCGGCAAUAAGAGCCAGCGAGGAUGUCAUGCGAGCAGCACCGCUCUCAGGGACACUGGGGACACUGGUCUCGCCGCCGGCACUGCCAGUCUUGGAAGGAGUGGGGUGAGCAGCAGUGGGAGUGGUGGCGUUCUUGGAAGGAGCAUGAGUAGGAAUGAUGGGCUUAGCAACAGUGGUGGUCUCCUCAGCAGACUUGGUGACGCUGGCGAGGGUGGUGGCCUCCUUGGUGGAAACGACGGCAGUGGUCUCAGCGGUAGCGGUGGCAGACUUGGUGACAGAGGGAGCGGCGUAUGAUCCCUUGUAGGGGAACUGAGCGCUGUAGUUGACCUCACCAGCCUUGUCGGUGAUCUUGAAGUUGUAGGUGUCGGAGGGAAGCUCAGAGGGGGUGAAAGUGAAAGAGUCACCAGUAGCGGAGCCUAUCGUGGGUCAGCAAGAUAUUCAAUAGUCAAUAAUGGUAAGACAUACUGGUCAGGGUCUUGUAGUCAGAGAGAUCAUCGGAGGGGCCGUUCUGGAGGACAAUGGUGCAGCCAUCGUCACAGCCAGAGUAGCGGAUGGUGUAAGGCUUGCCCUCGGUGAGAUCAAACUCGGUGUUGAGGAAAGCAGGCUUAGCCAGGGCCACGGAGGCGAGGGCAGCAAUGGUAGCGAGAGUGUACUUCAUAUUGAAGGUUGGUGAGGUUUGGUUUGUGGUUGAAAGAAUGACUGAGUAUUACUAUCGGCCGGGUUAGUUAUUAUUUCAGAAAUACUGAAAC